AUGGCGAAGGCUUCUAACACUUCCGUGGUUCUCCUAAUGAUGCUCAUCGCGGCAUGGAGGACGACGCCGGUGCUGUCCCAUGCCAAGCCGGAGCUGGAUUACGGGCCCGCGUACGAUGAGAUCUUCUCCCCGAUCAUCGCUCCUCAUCGCAUGCUGAAUGAUCAUCGCUCAUCAUAUCUAGGAGUAAUGCAAUUGAUCUUUUGUUUUUCUUUCUUUCUUGUGGCUCGAUCGAUUAGGCCGACCAAGGAGACGGCGGCGCCAAGCGUGGCGGUCAGCAAGGGAGGGGGAGGGGGAGGCGCGGUGAGCGGCAACAACCAGGCGGCCGCCGAUGCCGCGGUUCUGCUGCGGGCCAAGGAGGAGAUGGCGAAGCGCAUGGUGAAGCACAUCGAGAUCAUCAUCAACAGCGUGAAGCUCGUGGUACAGCUGAAGGCGGCGCUGCUGAUCAAGUCGGCGGAGUUCAUGACCGCCAUGGCCGCCGAGGUCUCGAUGCACCUCACCCAGGUCGCCCAGGCGCACGCCCAGGCCGCCGCGACCAACUGCGUGGCCGCGCUCAAGCUCCAGCAGGAGAUCCUGAAGAAGGCCUGCGAGAGGUGCAGGGCCGUCUCCCAGGACGUUGCCAUGACGCACAAGGCCAGGCAGGAGGCCCUGACCGGCGUCGCCCAAGACCUUGUCAAAGCUGCAGGAGCCAUUGCCGGCAGCAUGAGGACCAUGGCUGAGGCUGCAGCCGGAGUGGCCGGUGGGGUAUCGAUCGGCAUCCAUUUCCGUGCUGGCAUCGACGCUCACGCUGGUGCUAAAGCCAAUGCGGCCGCUGCUGCUGGGGCUCAGGUUAGCGGCGGGGCUGGAGGGGAAGCCGUGGCAAGCAAGGGCGCCAGCAUCAGUGCAGGCGGCAGCGGCGGUGCCGGUGCCGACGCCAGUGCGGCGGCUGGUGGCGACGCGGCGGCUUCUGGAGGCGCAAGCAAGAGCGCCAGCGUAGGAGGAUACACCGGCGGUGGUGUUGGUGCCGGUGCCGGUGCCGGUGCCGGUGGCGAUGCAGCUCUUUCUGGAGGCGCUAAGGUCGGCGGCGGCAUCGGGGGUAAAGCUGAUGCCGGCGUUGGCGGUGGCGCCGCGGGAGGCGCUAGAAUUGGUGGCGGUAUCUCUACGGGCGCUAAGAUCGGUGCUGGAGUAGGAGGAAGCAUUGGUGCGGGUGCUAAAGCUGGCGCCGGUGCCGGUGCUAGUGCUGGUGCUGGUGCAGGAGCUGGAGCGGGCGCGGGCGCAGGCGUUGGCGGCGGCGCCAGAGCUAACAUUGGCGCUGGCAUAUCUGGCGGCGCUAAAGUUAGCGGUGGCAUUGGAGCAUCUGUUGGAGCCAAAGUUGGCGGCGGUGCUGCUGCAGGCGGGAGUGUUGGUGGCGGUGCUGGUGCAGGUGCAGGUGGGAGCGUCGGUGGCGGUGCUGGAGGAAGCGCCGGCGGAAGUGGCGGCGCCAGUGCUGGUGCUGGAAUUGGCGCGAACGCUGGUGUUAGCGAAGGUAUCGGUGCCAAAGUCAGCGGGGGUGUUAGCGGUGGCGCGAGCGCUGGUGCUGGUGCGGGUAUCUCCAAGGGUGCUGCCAUCGGUGGCGGCGUUGGAGGAGGAGCCGGCGGGAGUGGCGCUGCUAGCGGCGGUGGUGCCAUCGCCGGUGGUGUCUCUGGAGGCACCAAAGUUGGUGGCGGUGUCGGAGGGAAUGCGGGAGGGAGCGGCGACGCCUAUGCUGGAGCAGGUGGUAGUGGCGGCGACGGUGCAAGUGCUGGUGGUGGUGCGGCAGCUGGUGGUUCGGCCGAUGCUUCUGGUGGAGCCAAGGCUGGUGCGGAGGCUACCAAGUCAUCCGGAGGAGGAGCGGACUUUGGCUAUGGUUCAUCGUCCAAGGAGCUCUGA